AUGGCUGGUGAGUAUGAGCAGUCAGCAAACUUCUGGCUUGACAAUUUAAGGAAGCAGGGCUUGAGGUAGGUGGGUGGGUGUGAAGACUUAGAGGGGUCAAUGGAAAACCCAGAAAAUAGGAGGUCUGGGUUCUCUUACAGGCUUCUUUUCAGAAAUGGAGGCUCUAGAGAUCUCUGCAGCCAAGUUCCACCAGUUGAAAAGAAAAUAUACCAGAGAGCCUAUUGGACAACAGAGGGAACCCCCUAUAUCACUUUAUACAUAGCAUUUUAAUGCUCUAACUCAUCUCAUUACGCUCACCAUUUGAGUGAAUGCAUGCAUCUAUAGGUGCAGAAGUGAUCAGAAUUGUGGCUAUUCUGCAUGAAUAAAUUCAGAGUAAGAAGGGUAACACCUUGCUAAUGUAGCACCAGCUUACAAAAGUUCCUCAUGUGUGCAUAGGGAGCUUGAGGCCAUGAAGAGGGAAGGCAGACUGCACAAGCCCCCUCUCAUGACACCCCCAAUUACUAACAGCUCUGUAUGCUAAGCAGUAGGGAUGGGAUUCAGAAUCACUGAUUGAUGUGAGUUUUUUCACAAUUUCCUUUGGCAAACUUGAUUCCUUCCACAAAAUGGUUCAUAAAACCCCUCGGUGCAGCCAUCUCCUUGACCAUUGACCAUGCUGACCAGGACAGACAAGGUUUCCCAUCAAAUCUGAUAGUAGCUGGAGUGCUUGUGUGUCUUAUUAUCACUUGAUUAAGCAUGUAAGUAUGUUUCUGUGUUCAUUUGGGCAUGUCAUACUAUGUCCAGAAGAACAUAUAAGUCAAUGGGCUUGCCAUGACUUACAAGGACAUUUCCAAGUCAAAGUAUGGUUUGCAUUCAUGACUUUUUAAGAAUGAUACUUGCUUAAUAUAAAAAGAAGCAUUAACAAAAUAUUCAGUAACAUCCACCUUUUAAAUAAAAACAUGAACUCUUUCCUUACCUGUCUCCUAGCUCACCUCUGUCCAUUUAUCUAGAAAAAAAGUGGCAGAACUCUGCAUGAACACCUCCCUUGUUCUCUUAUAGUGGCAAUGGUGCCCCCCUGACAGGUGCGAGAACUGAGUCUGGUGAGUUCCGGCUGAAAAAGUCCCAGUUUCACUUUGUCAUCAUGCAAUGGAGAGAGGAGAGCUAGGAGACCUAUAAGAAACAUAACAAUGAAUCUUCAUAGCUCUGUUGACACCUAAACGAAACAGGAUGGUCCUGGGGAGGACUGCUAUAGAGGAACUGCACUUAGUCCCAUUCAUAGCUUGUUGUUAGUGGCUCCAUUUUCCUCCUGAUGUUUUUGCAGGUUUGGUAAACACUGAUUGGAAACUGAGAGAAAACACCAUCAAACACCGUACUGAUGAAUAUCCCGGCAAGGAACUGGUUGUGCGACGAGGACAAGCCUUUUUGAUCUCUCUGACAUCCAGAGGAGCAUUGCCAGCUGCAGACAAACUAACAUUUACUGUAGAAACAGGUAAACACUUUAUCUUCCCCUGUCCUCUCAAAAGGGAAAACAGUCCCUCAUCUGUAGAGUGGAACUAACCAAGCUUCACUCAUAUAGUCUUUCUCCAGCCUUCCCCACAAAACCUGCAGUAGGCUCUGUGCUGCACAAAUCCACAGAAAUGUGUAGCGUGACUAGGUAAGUCCUCUGAUCUCCUUGCAAAGAGGGCAUCUAUCUUGACACACCAAUCCAUCUUGAUGGUGCGUGGAUUUCUCAAAAUAUGAAGUCAACAUACAGAGAAGCCACCUCUUCCUCCUCUUACCUUUUCUUUCCAGGGUCAACCUGUGCUCUACAGGCAGAGACACGAGUGGCAUUUGGCAUCACUAGCACACCAAGCAGAAGAUCUUGGAGCGCAGUACAGACCUCUGCUGGUUAUGGCUCCCUGAGUGUCUCCAUUUUGAGCCCAGUGGAUGCUGCCAUUGGACGCUACCAGCUCAGCAUCAAGACAGACACCAGCAGAAGCACACUCCCCUCCAGCCUUGGCACUUUUGUGUUGCUGUUUAACCCCUGGAUGCCAGGUACAAAACAUGUUCCCUAAGUCAGUGCUAGCCUAGCAGUUCAAAACCUGAUCUCUUCCAGGUCCACUUGUAGGCUUUUGCAUGAUUGGUGGUAGACAUAAUCACUGUGUUGUAUGUGUAGAAAGGUUAGAGAUAGGAGAGCACUGGCAUGAUGCCGCACUGGUCUACCUGGACAAAGAGAAGUGCUAUCACAGUACCUGCUUGUCAUUCAUCUUUCAGAGGAUGAUGUGUUCAUGGCUAAUGAGGCAGAGCGCAAAGAAUAUGUCCUCUCAGAGUUUGGUGUCAUCUUUUGCAACAAUGGAAAGACUUUACUGCCAUGGAAUUAUGGCCAGGUAAAUAUAACGUGGAGGGAUUUCAAACUAGGGAUGGAGAAGAGUUUGAGCAAUGAUUAGGAGGCUGGAGGGAUUUGCAAAGAAGCUGACCCACUGAGAAAUCCCCAAACCUUUUUGAAGUGAGUUCCACCAAUCAAUGGGGAGGAAAUGAAUUUAAUGCAAACCGACCUAAUUUGUACUUACCAAACCAAAAUGUAACUAACCUUCAUAACUGGCAUAUCUCUGAAUUUUGUGAUGCAAUUCUCUAACUAAAAAAAAUCUAUACCAAAAGGCAUACAUUGGGGAACAUGUGUGCAAAGGUGCAUAUAUUGCAUGGUCAGGCACCACAGCUCCUACCACCCCAACCAGAGAGAAAUAACCAGUCAAAACACAUACUUUUGGGGUCAAAUGAGACCACAACAUUAUUGAUGACUGAUGUACAGAUUUUGGCGUAGGCACUGGGAAUGGCCUGAAUGACCAGCUCACCUGAUGGAAGCAUAUCCUCGGGAUGGUCCUAUGACUUACAUAAAAUGGGUAUCCCCCCACCCAGAUUGCCACCUUCAGGACAGCUAUGGCCCUAGCCUCUAACGGGGCAUUGGACAUCUGAAAAUCAUUUUAUAGAACUAAAACUUGGGAAACUGGCAGAUGAAAGGGUUGCAGAUGAUGAAGAAGUUCCCUGGGCUGGAUCUUAACAGACUUUGGAUAAUUCUCUGGAAAAGCUUGAGAUUUCUCUGAGAAUAUGUCACAUGGAAGGAAGUAAGUUUGGAAUCAGUAUUGGCAGCUGCCACCCAUCAAACCCAUUUCACUUGGGGACACUGGAAUUCCUGGCACUCCAGUAUUCUUAGAAAGCUCUCUCUGUGCUAAUAAUUUGAUGGUGGUGGUGCAUUUCACUCACUUGUCGAAUAUUUUCUUCUGUGGACAGUUUCAAUAUGGCAUUCUGGAUAUCUGCCUUUCUAUGCUGGACAUGGGCUUAAAAUACCACAAGGACUCAACUGCUGGUGUGAGCCAACUAAGUGACCCCAUACAUAUUGGGCGAGUGCUCAGCGCUAUGGUAAGGAAAGACUUACAAUUUUCACUCUUAACACAAAUACAGUAGGCAAGUGUUUCUGUGGAGCAGCCUUUGCUAACAUGGUGGUUUCCAGCUGCUUUGGAUUACGACUUUCAUUACCUCUAGCUGCUCAUUAGGAUUUAUGGGAGCUGUAUUCCAAAACAGCUGGAGGGCACCAGGUUGGCAAAGGCUUCUGUAGAGCCACAAGAGUGACUCCCACCUUCCUUCAUGCAGGUGCACAUUUUUUUGGUGGUGGCAAAAUGCUGGUAAUAUGUGACAUCCCUAAACAGAGACUGGAUUCUGCACAGCAUAUGAAGAGCAGCAGUGUGUUGAUUGCACAAUAAAUGCGCAAAUAUUUUGACUUUUUUCCAGAUCAACUGCAAUGAUGGAGACAGAGGAGUGUUGUUUGGAUGCUGGAAGGCUUGCCGUGAUGGGAAAGACCCAGGAAGCUGGUCAGGAAGUGUGGAGAUAUUGAGGCAAUGGGAAAGCUCUGGAUUUGAACCUGUCCGGUAUGGGCAAUGCUGGGUCUUUGCAGGAGUUCUGACUACGGGUAUGUCUCCUUGGAACCUUCUGUGACAUUGCCCUUCCAGACAUGGCGCUGGGAUGAGGAAUGUGCUCAAGCACCAGGAACUACAUUGUGCUAUAGUGGAAGGCAGUGUGAGAUUUUUGCAAGUACUGCUGCAGCUGGUUAACAGCCCAACUAAAGGAGGUCAAUGUGCAUCACUGGAAAGCAUGGGUGGCUGGAUAAAUGCAAAGGGAAUCAUAGAACUCAUUUUAAAAUGCAUGCCCUGCACAACAUGUUCAAAGUGCCCAGGGAAUAAAAGAAUCACAGUCUCCCCUAAUUGCUCCCUGGACUGACCCAGAGAGCCAGUCCAGGGAACAAACAUGAGGGAGUGGAUGGAAGAGAAAGGGGAAGCCCCUAUGCUGCUGGUAGAAGUGUAGCAUUUGGGAAGACUACCUAGGGCUGGCCCAAUAUAUUCUGGCACCUGAGGUGAACCACAAAAUGGUGCCUUCCCCCUCCUCCGACUGCCGCUGCCAGGGAAGAAGUGUGAGUGAAAAUCUACAUUGGAAAAAGCAGGGGAAAUUAACAAUAUCCAAUGAUUGAAGUUGGAAUCAAAGCCUGUUGUUGGGAGGAGAGACCCACUCUGGUCCAGAGCCCAGCAAACACCAGAGGGCAGUGGGAGGAAACCAGCAGCACCUCCUCUUCACUGAGAGGCUAUUGUAGAGGCAUCAUUGGGAAUGGGCUGCUGAGAAGGCAGGGUAUAUGGCCUCCAAAGAGUGCACUGCAAUAACUGCUGCCUCUGCAGCAGCAGCAGAGGGUGAUGCAGGCCAGAUCUGCUGCCCCUGUGGAUCUUGCCGUCUGAGGCAGUCACCUCACCUUACCUCAUAGGUGGGCUGGCCCUGACCUAUUAAGCCAUACUUCCAGCUGCCCUUGAUCUGCAGGAGGGAAGAUGCAUCUGUCGCAGCUUAAGAGGUACAGUUGCAGCCAUUGACAUGUUCCAGCCAACACAGUGUUGUUGCUUAGAUUUCCCAGGUUCCUAGCAAGGCCAAGGAGCUGUCCAGCAGCAUAAGUAGCUGAUCUCUUGCCAGGCUGCUGAAGCAGUAAGUGAAAAGUCCAGCCCAUAAGCAGAAUUAUCACACAAGACAAGGAGCUAGGCAGCAGGAUGUGCUGGGCAGAUGGACGAGCUAUUAGCCAUGAUGGAUAUUAUGCCGUGCCUCCAUGGAUAAAGGCAGCAAUGGUUUUAAAUACAAUUUGCCUGGAAACUGCAGGUGGGGAGAGUGUUCUUGUAGUCAGCACCAGCUUGUGGGUUUCCCACAGGCAUCUGGUCAACCACUGUGAGAACAGGAUGCUGUACUAGAUGGGCCACUGGCCUGAUCUGGCAGGCUCUUCUUAUGUUCUUAUGCACUAGAAACAGACAGGUGACAAGUGGAAGGUUCUAUAGUUGACCCUGUUGGCCCAGAAUUUCUGGGAACAUCUAGAGAGUACUUUGGCAUAUGGUUCUUCCUCCUUAGUAGGACUCAGAGCCCCUUGUGCUGUCAUGGGCCACAUAGGCCAGUCAGCCAGGCAAUUCAUUCCAUGCUGCUGCCUGGCAAUGUGACAUUUGAUCCAAGGAGCCAACAAAGGGUAUCUUAGAAAGAAGUGCUGGCUAAAGAGCAUAGUAAGGAACAAUGUUGCUGAAUACCAGUGAGUCCCAUUAUUUCCAUAUUCUCUCUCUCUCCUUUUUGUAGUCCUCCGGUGCAUAGGAAUUCCCACUCGCAUCAUUUCCAACUUCAGUUCUGGCUGUGACAAAAAUGAAAAUCUGAUUCUGGAACCAUCAGAGAGUACCUGGUAAAUCAGCCUUCUUUUCAUCCACCACAAUACAUCUAGGGCUCCUAUACACCAGCAUCUGUAGACGAAACCAGAGAUGGAAACUGAGGCACAACAGCUGUAGGAGAAAACCAGACAUCUUUGUCCUUUGCCCCCACUUCUCUGCCACACUUGGCAGGAUCUGUGACCUUCCCUACAUCCAGACAUGCAAAACAUCUCCUUGCAGUGACUAAUAAUUCCUUACUUUCUGUGAUAGAAGGCCCAGUUACAGCUAGCUAAAAGGAGGGAGAAAACAGCACUUUGAGAGGGGGAAAGAGAAGAGUUUUGUGCCUGAUGUCCAGCUGUAUAAGAGUGUGGCCUCUUAGCUGUGUAAAAUCCACCCCAAGGGAAUAUUUACAGCCAAAAAGGCAGUCUCUGAGCUGGGGGUAGGGGUGGGGAGGUUAGAUUGAAAGACAGUGGUUAUUGUCUUUUAAGGGUAUACUGACAUAAGAGAACUGGGAAGCUGUGUGGGAACGCUCUACUUAAGUCCCAAUUCAUUAGGGUGGGGAUGUAUAUUCUAGGAAGAGAAGAAGAAUCCCAAACCGUUUAGAAGGUCUGAUAUACAGAGUCUACUACAGGAGCCUCAGGAGUGAAAUUUCUAAAGGUGGAGGACCUGAAACACAACAGGACCAAAAGAAUCAGCCUGUUUUAAUACCCACAAGUUAUCGAAGUCUAAGUUAUAACACCUUAUGUGUUAGAUGUAAAUUUGCUAUCUUAUUGAAAAGCCUGAGACAUCUGCUGAGUUCAGCAUAUAUAAUUUGCUAAUUCUUUGAAGUUUUCCAACUUCUGAAACAUUCUUGUUCAUCAUUCUUGUUGUGAAAUAGACCCUUUUUCUGCUUAACCUCAUAAGUGCCAGAGUUUUCUUUUUGGAAAAAAAUAGUCAGAAGGAGAGGGGCACGCCUCAUCUCCCUGGACAGCUCACCCUCCAUGCUCUGCAUUAUUCAGAUACAGAGGUAGUGACCCACUGUACCAUUCUGUUCCAGCAGCACCAGACAGUACUUGCUCAGUCACAGGAUGCUCUGAGGUGUGAGCUUCCCAAAGCCAUUUGUGUCACACUGAUGCUAUUUUGCCUCUUUCUGAUGCAAAACACUUUGAGCGUGAUAUAUAUAAAAUGAACAGCUUCCACCAUGGCUGCUGUUGGAAGCAGAUUGUUAGUUUAGGUAGACUCACCUUGGUCUAAUUCAGCUGCAAGGCUCCUUCUUUGUUUUCCUCCUAUGCUCUCAACAUUCAUUCACCCCCAGAAAAUCUUGUCACCAUGGGUCAGUUGCGUCAAACACAGCAUGGCCUGCUAACUACAACAAAAACAAGCAGACUUAGGGCUCCCGGGUGCUCCUGGAAAUCAGCUCCACUCACCUCUGAAAGCAGCUGACCCUAAGAUUUGGGGCAUCGUUGCAAACCUGCACAUCAGAUUUAUUUACUCUUGGCUGCAGGAACUACCAUGUGUGGAAUGAAUGCUGGUUUGCUCGACCUGACCUUGGCUGCAUGUACAAUGGGUGGCAAGUUCUGGACGCAACUCCACAAGGUCGAAGUACUACAGGUACAAAAGUUGACUGCUGGGGGAGUUGGUUGUGUUCAGAUCUCUGUUCAGCUUCUCGCCAUGCUAUUGCUGUAUGAUAGAAAUGCCCAGAUUCUGUCAUGCCCCCUCCAUAUUCAGAGGCAGUAUGAGCCCUCAGCACCAGUUGCUGAAAUAUAAAAUGAAUGGGGGAAAGCUGUUGUUUAGAGAUAUACUUCCCCCAAAUGUGGAGGCUUCAUUGAGCUAUCAUUGCCCAUAACCACUGACAGACUCACUCUCCAUGAUUUUGUGUAGUCCUUUUCUGAGCAAUUUAAGCUAGCAGUCCUCACCACAAAUCCCAUGGGUUCACCGUGCAGCAUGUAAUGUCACACUUGUCUUAUUUAAAACAACCUAUUUUGUCCCCAGGAUAUACAGUAGUUCUGCCUGAUCAUUUUUGCACAAACUGCAGAUGCAGACUUUUUCUCUUUUCCUUAACUCUCCAGAGAAAGUAGAGUGUGGUCCAGCUUCAGUGAAGGCCAUCAAGGAAGGAGAUGUGGACCUGCCAUAUGACACUGCAUUCGUCUUUUCAGAGGUCAAUGCUGACAUCGAGGGCUCAUUGGACACCAAGUCCAUUGGGCAAAACAUAAGCACAAAGGCUGUGGGCAGCAAUGAUCGCCUGGAUGUCACUGAUAAUUAUAAAUACAAAGAAGGUAAUGCAAAAGAGCUUCCUCUACAAAUAGGUGGAAAUGUUUGGAGAUGAUUGGGUCUCUGCUAUGACACUGGCCUGUAUUCAAUUUAGGAAUAAGCAGAUCAUUACGUAAACUCCCCCCUCCCCUGCCCUCUAAAUCUGUUUACCAACCCCUACUCAGAGUAGACCCCAUUGUGCUAAAACUAGCAUUUGUCUUUGCACAAGUAUUUAGCUGAAUAUCACCUUUUUACAGUCAAUGGCCACUUAACCCAUGGUGGCAGCAACCACGCUUUUUCAUGCCUGCAGCUAAGAAUGGUCUACAUAUAUUGUCAGAGCAGGCACAGAUGCUAGGCAUAAGGAAACCAAAAUACACAGACCCAGAGGCAGUUCAAAUGCAUUUUCAGGCACCUUGGUUUUUGUCCAAGUAAGUGGUUGGCUGGGGCAGUGAAGACAAAAUGGAUGGCAUCUUCUCUCUAAAUCUGCACUCCAGGCACAGCUAAUUGUAUCUGAAUCCAUGUGCAACAUCCAAGCUAGACCUAGGUCAGUAGUCAACUAGCCAGUGAACCCUACAUACUCCAACCAUGCUCUGUGUUAGAACUUGCACUGCUGUGACAUUUGAGUAGUUAAAGUGGUCUCUAGCCUAGGGAAAGCCAGAGAGAGAAGGCUGAUGAGCUUCAUGCAAUGCACUCUUGAUCCCAGGGGCUGCUAAUGAACUUGCAUCAUUUGAGUCAGAGGGCCCUGUCAAAUUUCGCCAUCCUAUUCUUACUUUUUCAGGCUCUGUCAAGGAAAGGGAAGUAUUUGCAAAGGCUUGUGCCAAACUAAAUCUGAAAACAAGCCGCUCUGAGUCUGCCAGAAGCCUGAGAGAAGCUGCAAAGCCCAGUGUCUUAGGGAAAAUCAAGGUGAAGAGCCCACUGGAGAUUGGCAAGGAUGUCCACUUGGUCUUGAGGCUGACAAACCUUGGCUCUACAACUGAGUACCUAACACCCAAUAUGGCCGCUUGGUCAAUUAACAACACUGGGAAACCCAUUCAUGAGAUCUGGAAAGCCUCCAUCUUGGUGACCCUUGGCCCCAAAGAAGGUAAGUUUUUUCAUGGGUUUCUUCAUAACCAGGUAUGAGUUAAGCCAGAUAAUGUGGGCAAGGAGGGAGGAUCAUUUGGCACCUCAACCAGAUGAGGGGACUACUGAAGUUGAACACACAUCAUUGAUAAAACCUGGUGAAAUGAAUCCUAAAUGGUCCAUCCUUGUUAACUGAUGUGAGGGACAGAAGACUCCAAAUUACCUGUUGCACCCUGGCAGGAGAUAGUAGACAUGGAUACAUUGCAUGUUAUGUGCCUCUGGAAAAUCAAAUCACAGAGUUAUAUCAAACUAAGUUACACAUUGAAAUUAAUGGAUUUAAGUAAGUCAUACCCAUUAAUUUCAGUAGGUCUAUUCUGAGCACACCAAACAUGAAUAUAAUCUACAGCAGGCAUGUCCAACUUCCAAGAGACUGCGAUCUACUCCCACUACCACGGACCCCCCCCAAUUGUCCAGUAGAUCCCAAUCGACCUGUUGGACAUCCCUGAUCUACAGGAAAUAAGUUUACCAUCCCCCAAGUGCUGUUGAACCAAACACUACUUGGCAAUGAUGGCUUCUUCCCUUGGGUUGUUCCAUCCCAGGUGGUCUUCUAGUCAGCCUUUGACCAGCAAAGUGGCUGCCUCAUGCCUCACCAGAGUGCAGUGAUGGACAGUUCCUGCUUUCUCACAUUCUGGGAAUACAGGGAAUUGCCUGUGUGAUGACAUCAGUGCACGCCUGCCUCCUUUCCACUUGCUCCAUCCCAAGCAAGAAACAGGAAAUGAUGGAGAAAGGCAUUGCUUUUUCAGCCAUUGGCAACUGAGGGAGGGAUGCAAAGUUUUUAUGAUUCUUCUAUCCCUCGCCAUCCCCCUUCCAGCUAGGACAGAAUUACAACAAAGUGGGCCCCAAAGGGGGAGCCCCGCCUUGGGAACAUUCUGGUCAUUCUUCAUCAGAGCAACAUAAGGAGGGUUCUCUUAAAUAAGGAACAACCAUCUGCCAGGCUUGUGCAACCACACCUCAUAGUGAUUUCCCCCCCUCCCCCAGAAAAAGAAUUCCCUAUCAAUAUUUCAUAUGCUGAGUACAAGCAGUACCUGCUGAUAGACAACCUGAUUAAAGUCGCAGCUUCGUGGUCAAAAAAAGAGGGGGGAAAUGUGAACAGAGUCAUAAUCCUCGAGAAACCCAGCGUCGCAAUAAAGGUAAACCCUUAGCCAUUAUGAGCUGCCAUUAUGAGCUGAUUCCCUUGUGUCUGCCUAGGGUUAAGGCAGGCUCAAAUGUCAUACAUAAAAACACCCCAAGAAUCACUGCACUUCUCUACCUGCAACUCUGAGUGCAGGCAGACAGAGGAACCAGCAAGAGGAGGUGGUUCCCAGGGAAAGGAGGAGGAGGGAGCUGUGUCUCUAUGGACCUAUCAUUUUGAACCUGGGUCAGGGUAGCCUUAGGAAGGGUUGCCAGCAAUUCUUCUGUUCAACUUUGUUCUGAGCAGGUGCUGGGAGAGGCAAAAGUGGGCAAGGAAGUGAAGGUGGCAGUGACCAUUGACAACUGUUUUGAUGAGGAGCUGAAGGAUGGUGUGCUGAAGGCGGAGGGUAGUGGCUUACUGGAAAAAACCUUCAAGAAAAAGUAAGUAUAAAAAAAGGGGGGGAAAGAAAAAGUAAGUAUGUGGGGCGUCUGGGCAAGUGUGGUGGCUCUGCACAGGGUACCACCUUCCCUUCUGACUGGGUCACAGAUAGAGAAUGGAGGGGCAACAUCUCAAACAAGACAUUCUCCCCUUUGUGGCCUUGUUGUUUUGCUUUCCAAUUAUCCAUCUGCACUUGCAGAGCAAGCAAAGUCUGCACUCCAGUGUGGAGAGCUGCAGCAACCAGUAUGGAAACAGGCCUCUAGAACAGCAUUCAGUUUGCCCAGCUUGUGAUACUUGUGAUUGAUUGAGUUAAUAAAAUGAUGUUCUGCCUAACUAUCAAACAGUCUCCAUGGGAGCUUUUCGACACAUGUAAAAUACUGCCCACGGCCAGCCUUAACAGACCAUCCUAAGGCAUGCACUGUGCUGGCAAUCUUCCCAGGCCCAGGCUGACUUUGCUCCUUUGCUCCUUAUCCACAGUAUACCACCACUGAAUCCCCAGGACAGCUAUCAAGUCCAGUUUAAGUUCUUUCCCAGAAAAAGUGGGACCAAGUAUCUGCUUGUCAACUUCUCCUGUAACAAAUUUAAAGACAGCGUAACCUAUCAGGACAUUAAUGUGGUCGACUGAUUCAAAGCCCUGAAUUUGGCCAGCCAGGUCACACAUGGAGGAGGUAUGCAGUGAAUGAGUCCUGGGAUGCAGG